AUGGAUCUAGAUGAUAUCGUCAUAGAUCGGGGGUUUAGCGAGUGGGAGAGAUUACUUAACGGCGGGUGCAAGUUUCCCCCUGCUGCAAAUGAGCAGGAAUCGCAAGUUUGUGAGCGUGUGGAAGAUAGCAUACUCAUUAAAGGAACCCUUGAGAAUCAUUACUAUAGCAUGAUUACCCCCAAGCUCCGUCCAAAGGAGUCUUCUCUAAAAACAAAAAACCAUUACCUUCCCCUUUCUGGUUUGAAGUACGUUCUCAGCCACAAAAACUUGGAAGAGAUGAGGAAGUGUUGGUUUCCGGGUGAAGACCGUCUUCUAUGGUACAACCAGAUAUGGGGAAGUGGCUUUCAGACGAGUCGUGCCCGGAUAUUUGUGCUUCUCUUACGGCUAGAGAAGCCCCAACACAUCACGUUAUUUCGUUCUCACGAGUUGUUCGACUCGUCGCUUCCUCUCUUACGAACUCACGCGGUGUUUCAAGCGGAAGGGUUUACCGACAGGGAUGCAGAUUUAUUUGUUGAAAAGCAGGAUAUGGUCCUUGCUCCCUUUUUCCAUUUCAACUCCCAAAAGAUCAAACACUAUAAGCUCAACAAUGAGACACCGAUACCUCUUCUGUCCAAAGAGCAGGUUGAGGGAGGAUCGGGGACGCAUGGGCGGGUGUGGAAAGUGUUGUUCCACCAUGAUCACUACUAUUGUGAAGAGCACGAGAAUUGGGGAAUACCUGGGCCGUACUAUGCGUUGAAAAAAUUUCAUCGUGAUCGCCAAUCUAAAAAGGACGACUUUUACAAUGAGCGAGCAGCUUUAGAACGAUUUAGCGGAUCCCAAUCAGGUCAUAUACAUCUCAUUCCUCUACUGAUGUCUUAUGAAACUGAAACCACAUAUUACAUGGUUUUUCCCUGGGCUAGACACAAUCUUGAGCAGUUCUGGGAGAAGGUCCCAAAUCGGCCAGACUCCAGUAAGUCGCUAAAUUGGAUGAUAAAACAAUGCCAUGGUCUAGCCAAGGCUCUACAGAAAGUUCACACACAUGAGAGUUGGAACGGUCUCCAGAACCGGGGUCGACAUGGAGAUAUCAAGCCGCUCAAUAUCCUUUGCUUUAGCUCUCAAUCUCAAGAGGGCGAUGAUGAUGCUGCUGACCCUACCAAAUAUCGGCUCGUCAUUGCUGACUUUACACUUAUGAGAUUCCACUCCCCUCAUUCUGUUGAUCAGGGCACGGCUUCCAAAGUUGGAUACUCUCGAACCUAUCAGCCACCCGAAACCAGGAUGGGCGGCGAGGAGCCGGUCAACCAGAUGUACGACGUGUGGACAUUAGGCUGUGUUUAUCUCGAACUAAUAACUUGGCAUUUGCUCGGAUCCCAGGCCAUUUACGAGAAGUUCAACAGCGCAAAUGGACCCCAAACCCAAGUGCUUCAAGGUUUUCAGACUCUACGGAGGCUGGAGGACAAUAAACAAUAUGUCUAUGUUGAGGACAAGUUCUUCAACAUAGACGGAGUGGGAGGACCUAGUGUGAAACCCUCGGUCCAAAGGUGGUUCAAAUUUCUUCGCCAGCAGCGGCAUUGCUCUAAGCAGCUUGGUCUAUUUCUAGAUCUAAUCAAGAACCAUAUGCUUAGGGCAAAGCCCGGCCAGCGAUAUAAGAUUGAUAGAAUAUGCAGUGAGAUGAAUUAUAUUCUUGCGAACCCCGCCGACGGUAACGAAUGUCGUCUCGAUCCCCCUUUGGGCGAGAUUGACACCUGCAUCCCUCUAUUUACAUCCGAUACCGAGAAAUAUCUUGACAGCUUUUGCAAGGUCCCACUGGAAACUCGGUCCCAAACCAGGCCCAAUGAAGCCAGCAUCAACGACUUGGACGAAAGGAUAUUCUCGCAAAAGCUACUAGAACCCCCGGGUAUAUCGAGUGAGCGGACAUCCAUGGAAACCACGACCAUCAGCAGAGCGCCUUCGACAAUUAGACGAGGGUCUAUAUCGCAGCCGACGCAGAGGCAGAGCCGCCCUUUCCUCUCUCCUUCAGAUGCCAUUUCUAAUGCGGAAACACGACUUGGAAGCGCGCACAGCAACGAAAGCGAUGAAUUCAAGAGAUCAAUUGACUUCAUGGAAAAAAACCCUUCGGAGUUUCUCAAUACAACCAAUGCCGAGAGUUGCAGUAUGAAGAAAACUAACACUCACAACGGACAAGUUUCCAUGCGCAAUCGUGUGAUACAUAAACUUGAGCGCCUAAAGUCACGUUUACGGAAUUUGGUGGAGCGGAUGAUGAGGCAUUAG